CCUUAAAAGAAGCGGCCAUGUUGUUUGGGUUUUGACAGACCCAACCCGCAACCAUAAUAACAACAAUCCAUCUCAAAUCAAUACCGGCACACGAAAAUUAUGGCGAACGCUUUCCGAUUCACGCAUGCCAUCGUGUGUCGUCUGCCAGAUUCUUUUGAAAAAAAUGCUGGUGCUACAAGUAACUUCAAUCUCGGCCUGGCCAAAGAGCAACAUGCCGCUUAUGUCAGCACUUUGAGGAGAUUGGGUUUAGACGUAAUUGAACUUCCCCCAGAUGAAGCUCUACCUGAUUGUGUUUUCGUGGAGGAUACAGCGGUUGUUGUCAAUGGAACUGCGUUAAUAACAAGACCUGGUCAGCCAAGUAGACAGAAAGAGGCUAUCAUAAUGAAAGCUAUUAUCCAAAAAGAAUUAGGUUUACCAACAGUUGAAAUCAGUGAUCAGAAAGCUACAGUUGAUGGAGGUGAUGUUCUCUUCACAGGCAAAGAAUUCUUUGUUGGAAUCUCUGAGCGCACAAACCUCAGUGGAGCCCGUGCAGUUGCAGCAGCCUUUCCAGAGUACCCUUGCACUCCAGUGAAGGUUAGUGGAGCUCUCCACUUGAAAAACUUAGUUACAAUGGCUGGUCCAGACAUCAUCUGUGCUAGCAAAACAAAAGACUCUGAAGAAGUCUUAAAGAGGAUGGAAAGAGAAGCAACAUUUCAAUACCAAAUCCUGCGUGUUCCAGAUCGUGACGCAGCCAAUUGUUUAUUCAUCAAUGGAACCCUAAUUCAUCGUACGGGCGACGAAUUCCAAGAGUCAGUCAAAAUCUUCAACGAACUCGCUUGCGACACAUUAGAACUUGACAUUUCGGAAGUAGCCAAGAUAGCCAAAUUACAGGCGGCCUUGACCUGUUGUUCCAUCCUUAUUCGAAAACCCAAGCAUAUUAAGAAUCUCUAAAAAAAAAAGCUUUAAGAAUCCGGUUUAACGAAAUGAAAAAGUUACUCAUUUUGCUUGGUCCGCCAGCCUUUGCAUCGCAACUGGAACACUGCCCAAAUUUAUCCAUCAUUUAAGCGGCCGCAACAAACCAACCCCCAACAUACCCAGACAGCAGCUUUAUUGUACGGCGACAACGCCUUUCAUAUUAAAAAAUUAUUUUGCUUCCGCGGUUUAGGUAGUUAAACAUAUUACUAUCUAUGUAUGAUCUGAAAAGAAUCUUGUAUGUAGUCACUUUGGUCGCCAUUGACCAUCUUUCCAAAUAGUUCCAUUCCAUAAAUUUUACAUUUCUCUUCUUGCCUCGCUCUUUGAAUAAUCUCAUAGUAAUAUAUAUUUCUAUUACAGUACGAAUAAACCUACUUCAACCGCAA